AUGAUUGUGGACUUCAGGAAGAGCACUGUCCCCCCGCCCCCACCCUCCGUGAUGGACUCCCCCAUCACCUCUGUGGAGUCCUUCCGUUUCCUGGGCACCACCAUCACCCAGGACCUCAAGUGGGAGCCGACCAUCAGCUCCCUCAUCAAGAAGGCCCAGCAGAGGAUGUACUUCCUGCGGCAGCUCAGGAAAGCCAAGCUGCAGUUCUACACGGCCAUCAUCGAGUCCAUCCUCACCUCCUCCAUCACCUCCUCCAUCACCUCCUCCAUCACCUCCUCCAUCACCUCCUCCUUCACCUCCUCAUCACCUCCUCCAUCACCUCCUCCUUCACCUCCUCAUCACCUCCUCCAUCACCUCCUCCAUCACCUCCUCCAUCACCUUCUCCUUCACCUCCCCAUUACCUCCUCCAUCACCUCCUCCAUCACAUUCUCCAUCACCUCCUCCAUCACCUCCUCCAUCACCUCCUCCAUCACCUCCUCAUCACCUCCUCCAUCACCUCCUCCAUCACUUCCUCCUUCACCUCCUCAUCACCUCCUCCAUCACCUCCUCCAUCACCUCCUCCAUCACCUUCUCCUUCACCUCCCCAUUACCUCCUCCAUCACCUCCUCCAUCACAUUCUCCAUCACCUCCUCCAUCACCUCCUCCAUCACCUCCUCCAUCACCUCCUCAUCACCUCCUCCAUCACCUCCUCCAUCACUUCCUCCUUCACCUCCUCAUCACCUCCUCCAUCACCUCCUCCAUCACCUUCUCCUUCACCUCCCCAUUACCUCCUCCGACACCUCCUCCGUCACAUUCUCCAUCACCUCCUCCAUCACCUCCUCCAUCACCUCCUCCUUCACCUCCUCCAUCACCUCCUCCAUCACCUCCUCCAUCACCUCCUCCUUCACCUCCUCCAUCACCUCCUCCAUCACCUCCUCCAUCACCUCCUCCAUCACCUCCUCAUCACCUCCUCCAUCACCUCCUCCAUCACCUCCUCCUUCACCUCCUCAUCACCUCCUCCAUCACCUCCUCCAUCACCUUCUCCUUUACCUCCCCAUUACCUCCUCCAUCACCUCCUCCGUCACAUUCUCCAUCACCUCCUCCAUCACCUCCUCCAUCACCUCCUCCUUCACCUCCUCCAUCACCUCCUCCAUCACCUCCUCCAUCACCUCCUCAUCACCUCCUCCAUCACCUCCUCCAUCACCUUCUCCUUCACCUCCCCAUCACCUCCUCCAUCACCUCCUCCAUCACCUCCUCCAUCACCUUCACCUCCUCAUCACCUCCUCCAUCACCUUCUCCUUCACCUCCCCAUCACCUCCUCCAUCACCUCCUCCAUCACCUUCUCCUUCACCUCCCCAUCACCUCCUCCAUCACCUCCUCCAUCACCUUCUCCUUCACCUCCUCCAUCACCUCCUCCUUCACCUCCUCCAUCACCUCCUCCAUCACAUUCUCCAUCACCUCCUCCAUCACCUCCUCCAUCACCUCCUCCAUCACCUCCUCCUUCACCUCCUCCAUCACCUCCUCCAUCACCUCCUCCAUCACCUCCUCAUCACCUCCUCCAUCACCUCCUCCAUCAUCCACCAUCCCCACGACUCCGUGAAGCUGAUCAAGUUCGCGGACGACACCACCCUCAUUGGACUCAUCUCCAACAACGAUGAGUCCGCCUACAGGAGGGAGGUGGACCGGCUGGUGUCCUGGUGCAGUGGUAACAACCUGGAGCUGAACGCCCAGAAGACAGUGGAGAUGAUUGUGGACUUCAGGAAGAGCACUGUCCCCCCGCCCCCACCCUCCGUGAUGGACUCCCCCAUCACCUCUGUGGAGUCCUUCCGUUUCCUGGGCACCACCAUCACCCAGGACCUCAAGUGGGAGCCGACCAUCAGCUCCCUCAUCAAGAAGGCCCAGCAGAGGAUGUACUUCCUGCGGCAGCUCAGGAAAGCCAAGCUGCCUGCACAGAUGUUGGUGCAGUUCUACACGGCCAUCAUCGAGUCCAUCCUCACCUCCUCCAUCACCGUGUGGUUCGCUGGAGCCACAGUCAGGGACAAACAGAGACUACAGCGCAUUGUGCGCUCUGCAGAGGAAGUGAUCGGCCGCAGCCUUCCAUCGCUGCAGGACCUGGAUCUGCUGUUCUCUCUGCCCACCGGAAAAUCUAUAUUUGUCCUGUUUCAACAAGAAUCUGCUCCAUCCAACCCCCUUUCAAACUCUCUGUAA